AUGUUUGAAUUUAAUUAAUUAGAGAAUGUUCAAUUAAGAAAGCAGAGCGAACUUCAUUAAACGUAUUAUUUAAAUUGUGGUCUGGUUGUAAUGCUUAUAAAUUUUAAUAAAGACUAUUAUUAUGAUGUAAUAGAACUUGAACUAAAAGAUACCCGAAAAUUGAUAAAGAUUGACUACAUUCCUUUUUUUGCUUUUUUAUGUGGAGAAUCCAGCUUAGCCUUGGCUCAUUAUGAUCAAAGUGAUGCUUUUAUGAUUGAGUCAUUUGACUUCCUCAAAAUGAAUAAAGUAUAAACAAAAUUCAAGCUUCCUCAAACUUAUCAAAGCUAUACAACCUUUUAUUUUAGAAUAACCAAAUUAACUAUGUUAUUAAUUCAAUAUGAAUUCGGUUCUAUUAUUUGUUACUUUUUAAAUAGCAAUUUGGAAAUUUAGUCUUAAUUUAAUCUCAUAGAUAAAAAACAAAAUUAACUCUUGAAAUCCAUUUAUUAAUUAAAUUAGCAUAACUAUUUUAUCGCAUUAUAUUUAGAAAAUGAUUUGGAAUAAACACUCUGUGAAAUAAAUUCAUAAGGAGUUCAAUAAAACUUAUAAUCGAAAUUUCUAAAUGAUAGGAAUUCUUUAAAUGGAUGUGCUUAAUCAAAUAAAUAAAUAUUAUUGGCUUUUACUCCUAAAACUGAUUUAAAUUCCUUCAUAGAGUUUAUUAAUGAGUAAAAUGAAUCAAUAAGAAUUUUUGAAAUCAAUUAUUUUAAUUAUAUUAUAAGUAUUGAACAAAUCUUAUUUGUAAAUGAUUUAUACAUUUGUUGUAAAAUAUCUUCUUAAAACGAAGAGGAACUUGAAUAAUUAUGUUUAUUUGAUAUAAAUACUUUUGGGCUGGUUUCUAGAAAGAUCUAUCAGGAUUAUAUGCUAGAUAUUUAAUGCAAUGAAUAAAUCAUUAUUGAAACCUAGAUGAAUAUAUUUGAUAGAAUAAAUUGUUUACAAAAAAUCCCUCAAACAUUUUCCAAAUAGGAACAAGAUUUAUUGAUAUAAAAUGAAAUCAAUGAUUUUAAUGAUUUCGAUGAUUUCUCAGGCAUUACAAUAUUUUAUAAUCUAACCCCAAUUUACUAAGCAAUAAAAAUUAUGAAGUUUUUAGAGUUUGAAGAUUAAAUCGUUGAGUAAGUUGCCCAAAAGCUUAAGAAAAGUACUUCCUAUUAUCUGAAAAGUAACAAACUUGAUUUUAAUUGA